AUGAGAGAAGAUGAACACAGUGGGUGUUUGGUGUUGUGCUUCACAUCCUGUGAGGACACCAGUGUGAAUGCACAAGCAACCAUGGGUCCACAGCAAUAUGCUGUCGCCAUCAAUGUACUUAGGACUCAAUGUGAAAAGGAUUUCCUGCCUACACGCAACAACUUCCUGACUAAAGAGAGACCAAAUGUGAAAAUGAUCCGUCCACUUUAUGAAGGUGAAGAGCUCAUUGUAGCAGGUGUUAAAAAGUCUGAUGGAUUCAGCAUACAUGCUGAGCGUCUUUUACUCACUUCUACCGAAAACCUUCCCAUACCACCCAUGACGAACCUGUUGAAUAAACGAACAGACAGCUGUACUAUCUUCUACACGUACAAAUCUCCCUGUGUUAAAUCCUGCCUUAAUGAGUCCAGCCCUUAUAACAUUCUGUCUGGUCUUGAGAACUGGCGACAGCACAGUUCAGUAAAAGCUUUUGUCUUUAAGGAUAUGUUUUGGGCUGACAAAACAAAGGAAAAUCUUCAAGAGAACUUCAAGAAGAUUGUGGCUCAUGUUCCUCUCUACCGCUGUGUGAGUGCGAAUAAGUGUUAUGCUUGUGAAGGUGAAGGAAACACUCCCAUAGACACGCACUGUCUGCCUGCAACUAUCGCAUGAAUUAAUAUGAGUUACAAUGAGUUCAAGCUUCAGGCCGUUUUGCUUUUUUACAGUAUAACAGGAUGCAAAAACAAAAAAGAAUGUUAAAGUAAUAUACUAUGUUUAA